AGCACGUCUUAAGGAAGGCGGGAAUGGAACGGUGUGUCUGCGUUCUGCGUAGUUUGCCCCCCCCUCGAACACGCCUGUACUAUGGCAGACCGCAGCAAAAGACAGAGAAUUAGUCGGGCCGCUUCCACCUCUCAAGUGACCAACAAUGUGCCACCUAUGUUCGGUGGUAGCCAGCCUGACGCCCGGGUUGCCAGUGAUGGUGAACCGGGUAGUUUUGUUGAAGGUUCCAUACUUCGUAUUGCGAUGAAUAACUUCCUAACCUAUGAACUCGCUGUCGUUAACCCGGGAGCUAACCUCAAUAUGAUUGUGGGGGCCAACGGAACCGGCAAGUCCAGCAUUGUGUGUGCCAUAUGUCUUGGUUUGGCUGGUAAGACUGCCCUCCUGGGUAGAGGAGAUAAGAUUGGGCUUUUUGUGAAGCGGGGAUGCAGUAGAGGAUCGAUUGAGAUUGAAUUGUACAAGAAUGGCGGUAAUGUGGUGAUAAACAGAGAGAUCAGCACAGAGAACCUGUCUCAAUGGACGCUGAAUGGAAAAUCCUGCAGUCAGAAGGUAGUGGAGGAAGAAGUCAAAGGCCUUCAAAUCCAAGUCAGCAACCUCUGUCAGUUCCUUCCCCAGGAGAAAGUGGGCGAGUUUGCAAAGAUGUCCAGGAUAGAGCUUCUGGAGGCCACCGAGAAGUCCGUGGGGCCACCAGAGAUGUACACGUACCACUGUGAGCUGAAGAACUUUCGUGGCAGAGAGAGAGAACUCGAGAAUACUGUGAAUGAGAAGGCUGCCUUUCUUGAAAGGGCGAAGCAGAAAAACGAGAGCAACAAGCUUGACAUGAAUCGCUACUAUGAGAAGAAGAGACAUCUGGACAUGAUCGAAUUGCUUGAGAAGAAGAAACCAUGGGUGGAGUUCGAAGCGGUUCGUAAAGAGCACGAGUCUGUGAAGACGGAACGGGAGGAGGUGAAGAAGCGUCUGUCCAGUCUGAAGCAGACCCAUGGUCCCAUGCUGAAGAAGAUCCAGCUGAUCAACAACCAACUGGAGCCGAUCGAGGCCCAGAUAAAGACCAAGACCUUCGACAUCAAAGAAGCCGCACGGAAGUGCAAAGCUAGACGGGACCAAUUGGACAGAAAGCAAAAAGAGAUCGACGACAUCAAGCAAGCUCUGAACCUGAAGCACACGGAGAAGGUGGACGAGGAGAAGCGCAUCGCCAACACCAAGACCAUCAUCGACGACCUGCAGAAGGAGCUCGCCACCGUGGGCGAGCAGCCAGACGUGGCACCGCGUAUAGACGCCAUCAGCGUGGAGCUGAGGGGCCACCAGGAGGAGCGGGCCAGGUUGGACGGGGAGAAAUCAGACAUCCGCAGGGAGAAGGACAACAUGGUCGCAGAGUCCAAAAUGUUUACGAGGAGGCUGAACGACAUGAACAACAUGAUGAAGGCCAAGGAGGACAAGCUGAAGGUUCGCCACAAGGACACUUUCACCGCCAUCCAGUGGCUGCGGCAGAACAGACAGCUCUUCAGCGGGAACGUGCACGAGCCCAUGCUGCUAGUGCUCAAUGUGAAGGACCCUCGCUUUGCUAAGUACGUGGAGACUCACAUCGCCUUUAAUGACCUGCGGGGCUUUUUGUUCGAGAAGAGGGAGGACAUGGAGGCCUUCAUGAAAGAGGUGCGUGACAAAUUAAAACUGAGGGUGAACUCCAUCCUGGCCCCGGCAGUGUCUUGUGCCAACAAGCAACCGUCUCGACCAAUCGAGUCUCUCAAGCGCUUUGGGUUCUACUCCUACCUGCGUGAGAUGUUUGACGCCCCGACUGAUGUGGUCAGCUACCUGUGCCACCAGUACAACGUGCACGACGUUCCCGUGGGAACGGCCCAAACCAAAGCCAUGAUUAAUAAGGUCAUCGAGGAGCCUUACCUGAAGCUCAUCUACACGGCGGAAGAGCGGUAUGUGGUCAAGAAGUCGAUGUACUCCAACCACGUCAGCACUAACAACUCGCAGCUCCGGCCCUCCAAGUUCCUAACCAUCUCGGUGGACGCCGAGGAGAAAGGCCAAGUGGAGCAGCAGAUCCAGAACUGCGAGAGGAAGAUCAAGGACCUGGAUGAGCGUCUGGCGGGGCUGCGGGAGAACUUCUCCAUCCUGGAGGGCCGGGACAACGAGCUAAGGAACGAGAAAAAGGGGCUGUUGGAGCAGAAGGGCAAGAAGAGGCAGCUGGAGCAGAAGAUCGCCACCAAGUUGGACAGUCUUCAACAAAUCGAGAAGAAUCGUGUCGACCUGAAGAAAUUGGAGGAAGACACCAAAACCAAAAUCGGUGCGGUCAAUGCCCAGAAGGUGGCCAUGAUGGUUGAAGUUAUGGCCCAAAUUAAGCUGAGAGCCAGCCUGAGUAUGCUGAAGGUUCACCUUACACUGCAGACUCUGGGUCUCACUGCCGAGAAGACCCACCUGGAGGGGAGCUGUAAAGACAGACAAGUGGAGCUCAGGACGUUGGAAGAUGCCUUCACUCGCCUGGACACAAAGAAGAACCAGCUGCAUGAGAGGUGCAAGGGCUUGAUGAGGAGCGCUCAGACCAUAUGCAAUAUGGGAGCAGCAGGGACGGUGCCUGCGGAGCUAAAGGUGGCCUUCAGCACGCUGCCUGACACCAUGGAGGAGCUGGACGCCCUGCUGAACGAGGAGUGCUCCAGGGCAGAGGGCUUCACUGGAAUCAGAGAAAACGUGGUGGAGGAGUACAACAGGAGAGAAGUGGAGAUCCAGAACCUGGAGGAGGAGCUGGGCGACCUGAGCGAAGCCCUGACCACCUACAGAAUGAACAUGUCUGAGGCUAAAGAGCGCUGGCUGAACCCUCUAAGAACGCUGAUUUGUCAGAUCAACGAGAGGUUCGGCGAGUACUUCCGCUCGAUGCAGUGCGUGGGGGAGGUGGACCUCCAUUCAGAAAAGGAGGAAGAGUACGAUAAGUAUGGGAUCCGCAUCCGGGUGAAGUUCCACAACAGCACAGAGCUGCAUGAGCUGACGGCGCACCACCAGAGCGGGGGGGAGCGCAGCGUCUCCACCAUGCUCUACCUCAUGGCCCUGCAGGAGCUCAACCGCUGCCCCUUCAGGGUGGUGGACGAGAUCAACCAGGGAAUGGACCCCAUCAACGAGCGGAGGGUCUUUAAUAUCGUGGUCCGCACGGCGUGCAAGGAGACCACCUCACAGUACUUUUUCAUAACUCCAAAGCUCCUCCAAGACCUCCAGUAUGCCGAGGAGAUGACUGUGCUCUGCAUCCAUAACGGACCUCAGAUGCUGUCUCCGGGGGAUUGGGACGAGAAGGCCUUCCUUAGACGCAUCGCCCGGAGGAAGAAACGCACCAAACCAGAAUAAAUACUUGAAACUUUGUAUUCCAGGAAAACGUAUGCAUGAAAAUGUAUGCAGUGGACCCACGUUCCUAUUAGAAGUUAUUUAUGUUGAGCCUUUUCUGUUAUUAUUGACUGACGAGUUUACAAUUCUGUGUACAUUUGAUGGACAGUAAUCGUCUUUUGGUUUCAUUCUUAAAACAACACCUUGUUCCAGUGAUGUCUGAGGUUAAUAACGAGCGUUACAAACAUGGCAUCUUGAGAAGGAAUUUAUUUUGCCUCCUCCACUAUCCACCUCCCCAUGGUUGUAGUUUUACAGCGUGGGAGGGGCCUUCAGGUGGAGUAGAAGCCCCCGUCGUGUUUCCUCGAGUAGCCCCUGUUUGCGUUAUGGUGGGACUCUUGGGGAGGGAAAAAAAUGGUUGUAAUAAAGGAAACGAUUAACAUGGCACCCAUGUGUUUUUCAGGUAUGGAACAGCCUAGUUGACUAAUUUAUUUCAUUGUUCCUUUGGUUUGCUCUGAUGAGCUGCACUUUUGUUUGUUAAUAAACAGUUUUGUUCAUAA